UACUACAUUGUGGUGCGUAUGUACAAUAUUGACAUUAGGAAGUACUUAAACCAUUUCCGCUGUCAACGUAAACAUGGCUGGUGUACCUGAUUAUUAUGAGAGGAAAGGGUCGCUAAAUUUGCGGUCAGAUCAUAUGAAUUAUGGAAGAGCAACUUUAAAUUCAAACUGGCAUCAAUCAAGAGAAGCAGAACCAAAAGAUUAUGAUAUAAAUAGAAGUGACACCAGAAAUUUAUGUAAUGCUUCAUAUAACAGAAUAGGAGAUGUAACCGAUGGGUCACUGCCAAAAACUACUUAUCAAGACCACACUGAACAGAUAUACCUCAGAGAUGAUUUUGAAGAACAGGAAACAAAAAAAGCCAUGGUUACCAUGAAAACAAUUGCUAAUACAGAUUUGGACAGAGAAACAGAAACACCACAGAGAGGAUUUGGAUCAGUAUUACCCAGACAUAAUCCAGAUUAUAAUAAAUUCCACUUAGAAUCAACACACAAAGCAGAUUUCACCCCUCCUGACCCAAAUUAUAUACCAGUACCUGAAAAAUUGCCUGACUUCCCUGACCAGUCAGCAGCUUACAGAAAGUGUCUCUCACAAUUUACUGAUACCUGUGAUUACCGUAGACCUGGUCGCAACACAUGGCAAGACGAAAGUGGAACCUAUGCUAACACUCAUUAUAAAAGACAAAUUAUACAAUCAAGAAAUCCAAUACCUGAACAGAAAGCUUGAACUACAAAAUACAAUGCUUAUAUUUUCCUUUGUAUGCACUAAAAAUGUGUCAAACCAUCAAGAGAAGCAAAAAUUUUUCUAAAUUUUUAUUAAACUGGUAAUUAUGAGUAAAAAGACCUUACACAGGAAUGAUAAGAACUUGGAUGUUGUUUUGUUUAUGUUUAUUUGUUUUUUAUAUUUGACCAGGAAGUAAGAUUGUUGUUGAUAUACUUUAUAUUUAUCACUUCAUUGUGGUGACUCUUUUAUAGAUUUUAUUAUUGAUCACUGUGAUAUUCCUUUUUCAUUUGUCAAAUUUUUACAAAAUAUACACAUUUAGUAAAUUUUGUAUUUAUAUGUAAAAAAAAAAUUUUAUAGAAGAGAAUUUAAUAUAAGACUUACAUUAAACGAUAAUAUUUAUA